ACACGAAGCCAAAGGCCGCUCGGAAACCGCUCGAAUGGGUUGGCGGAGAGGAUUACAUCGAAACUAAAUAUUGUAUUUUGACGUAAUGUGCGAAAUCAUGCAAGUCUGCAGUCGGUCGAAUGGACUUCUAAAGACUUUAACUUGCUGGUGAAGAUUCAUCUGUUGAUCUAAACGCGAGUUUUGUGUGGAUAUUUGAGUGUUUUUCUGUCGGUCGUGUGUUUGGUGCUAGCCUCCGCUGCAGCAGCUCGAGCUGCUCUGGAGCCGCGAUGCUCGACUUUAUGCGGAUGUCUUUAGGAAGUCUGCCUUGAACCGAGGGCAACAAAUGGGAACAUCCAGCAUCGGCCCAAAACACCGAGGCAUAGACUAAAUACUUUUUUCUCUUUUAUUUUGGGGGGACACAAAAAGGGGUCUCUGGAGUCUGCAGCAGGUGUUUUUUUCCGGUUGGAUUUUAACCCACUGAUAGCCCCAACAUCAUGGAAUCGACGGUUGAUGAUGAUGCAAUGGCAGCGUGAAUGAAGCUUGGCGUGGGGAGAGCUGAACGAUGCCCAAAGGUGGGGGUUCUAAAACCCCACAACUGGACCACUUCCCACUCGGCACCGACAUGGUGGAGAAGCAGUGUGGGAAGAAGGAUAAAGUGUUGUCAAACAAGACUCCCAAAUUGGAUCGCAGCGAUGUGGUCAAAGAGAUGAAAGAAAAAGCCCCUAAAAGGAAGUUACCCUUCACAACAGGAGCAAAUGGAGACCAGAAAGAUUCAGAUUCAGAGAAACCAGGUCCCGAGCGGAAGCGCAUUAAAAAGGAGCCCAGCACCCGGAAGGCGGGUCUGCCGUUUGGAAUGGGGAUGCCAGGGAUCCGGAGCGGGUGCCCCCUCUCUGAGCGGCAGCAGGUGGCCCUGCUCAUGCAAAUGACAGCGGAGGAGUCCGUCAACAGCCCAGACACAACACCAAAGCACCAGUCACAGUCCAGUCUGGGUCAAAAGGGAACGCCAAACUCUGCUUCUAAAACCAAAGACAAAGUAAAUAAACGAAAUGAGAGAGGAGAGACGAGGUUGCACCGAGCGGCGAUACGAGGAGAGGCUCGGCGGAUCAAGGAGCUCAUCAGUGAAGGAGCUGAUGUGAAUGUAAAAGACUUUGCAGGCUGGACUGCAUUGCAUGAGGCGUGUAACAGGGGCUACUAUGAUGUGGCCAAGCAGCUGCUGGCAGCCGGGGCAGAGGUCAACACCAAGGGACUGGACGACGACACGCCUCUGCAUGAUGCCUCCAACAAUGGACAUUUCAAGGUGGUGAAGCUACUUUUACGGUAUGGGGCGGACCCACGUCAGAGCAACACGAAAGGGGAAACCCCGCUCACGGUUGCAAACUCUCCGACCAUGUUGAACCUGUUGCUGGGCAAAGGCACUUACACGUCGAGUGAAGAGAGUUCAUCGGAAUCUUCCGAGGAAGAGGAAGACGCCCCCUCGUUCGCCCCCUCCAGCUCUGUGGACGGCAACAACACAGACUCUGAGUUUGAGAAAGGCCUGAAGUUAAAGGGCAAAAACGCAGACCCUCCUAAAUCUGCCGUCACACCCGUCAAAGACGAAUACGAAUUUGACGAGGACGAUGAGGAGGAACGAGUCCCGCCUGUUGACGACAAACAUUUGUUAAAAAAGGACUUCCGUAAGGACACUGUCGCCAAGGCCAACAGCUUCAUUUCCAUACCUAAAAUGGAGGUCAAAACUUAUUCCAAAAGCAACUCGCUUACACCAAAGAAACCUGUCAGGCGGAUCAUCUCUGACAGUAACAGUUCGGACGAGGACGACAGAACGUUGUGUUUCACGUCAACGCCAGCGCCGCGGCAGCAGGCCCAGCAAACAAAUACAAAGACCAGAGACUCUAGUAGUUUGAGCUCAAAACAACAAAAAGACAAGAGCAAAGUCAAAAAGAAGCGAAAGAAGGAGAGCAAAAAUAAUGUCAGUAAAGAAGUUAGAUUUGGCAAAGUUAAUGACAAAUUCUGCACUUCGGAUUCAGAUUGUGAGGACAUAGAGAGCGAGGACGACAAGGGCUCAAACAGUAUUAAAGACUCUUCUACGACAAAAGACUCCUCAUCGCAUGUAAACUCUCAAAAACAAACACAGUCGUUAGCAGAACAGCACCCCAAGCAGUGGCGGACAGACGGCUGGAAAACCGUGUCGUCUCCAACGUGGUCAGACGUUAGUUCUCUCUCAGAUUCAGUCAGAACCAGAUUAUCCAGUGAAUCGGACUACUCCUCUGCAGACUCCAGUGUAGAGUCAAUAAAACACCCCAAAAGGAAAGCGCAAGAAAACAAAAAGAAAAACAACUCGCACAGCAACGCAGUAGAUAAGAAAAAUUCAGACCUCUUCAAAAAUGCAGACAGCACGGCUUCCAAAAUGGACGGAGACGGAAAAAUCGUAAAAAAGCAUAAAGUUAAGCACAAACACAAAGCCAAGGAGAAAGAGAAAUCUCAGAGUGUAGUGCUUAAUCAAGACAUGAAUGAAAAAUUUGUAAAAAGCUACUCUUUUGAUUUUGAAGAUUCGAGAAAAAAUUCAGUCGGAGAUUCUGAAUCUGCGACCGAGGGCAAAAUCAAGUUAAAACAUGAAAAAGACCAUUCGAAAAAGGAAGACAGAUUAUCAAAAAGUAAAUCUGAUGAUAAAGACUGGACGACAAGUAAAGAUCUCCACAGGACGUUAAAGGAGGACAAAAACAAGAAAGCGAAGGACUCUGCCAAGGACAAGACAAUUAAAGAGGAGAAAACGAUUAAAUCUGAAAAAGAGAGAAACGUCAAGGAGAAGGAGAAACCAAAGGAGGACAAACAAAAGGCUCACAAAGAAGACAAGAAGAAAAAGUCAAAGGAGAAAUCUUCUUCCAAAGCAGAAAGGAAGAGUGAGCAGAAAGAGGAAAAACAUCUCAAAGUGGACAAGGAGAAAACCGGCAAGGAAGACAAAUUUAAAAAGGACAAAACUACAAAAGAAGAGCCCGAUUAUGAGAGCUACGACGUCAACAACCGCUUCCUCAACAUGGAUGACUCAAAACUCAGCGCCUCCGACGACCACCACGACCGAUGGGGGUCCGAAAUGUCCUCCGACUCCUCCCUCUACGACGAUAGCUGGGACACCCCUGUGAAAGAGUACAAGGAGUAUAAGGCCAACAACUCCGUCAAACUAAUAGUAGAGACGGUGAAAGAGGAGACGAGGAGGAAGGACAGUAAAGUUAAGGAUAAAAAGUCUGACCACAAUGAAAAGAGGGUGGAGGACAAAGCGACGUCUAAAAAGAAAGACAAAGACUCAGAAAAGACCAAUGAGAAGAAAAAGGAUUUCACCGAGAAACAAAAGCUGAACUCGAGCCACUCUGAAAAGGAGAAAAAGAGAAAGGAGUCAACAGAUAUUGUCAAAAAGGAGUCGUUGGAUAAUAGCAGAGAACGCAAAGAUUCAUACGAGUUCACAAAGGAGCGAAAAGAUGUCAAAAUUAAACAGGAGAGCCACGAUUACAGCAAUGACGCUUUCUUUAAGGACCUGGACGCUGUCAGUAAAUCCUGCGACGUCAGGGAACGAAAUCACUCUGGGAAAGAGAAAGACAAGAAGGGUGAUAUCGCAGAGAAGCGGGAAAAGAAAGCUGACAAGCACAAAACAAAAGAUCUGGAAAAGGACAAAUCAGAAAAAAGUAUCAUAGAUAAAACGGUGAAGGAAAAGGAAGGAGAGCGGGUGACCAAGGAGAAGAAGGAGGCUGUCAAAGAUAAACAUAAAGAGUCGCACGGCAAAGAUCGCAAAAUGUCAUCGGAGCAGGUCAAGAAAGAAAAGGGCUCCCAGGAAAAACACACGGAGAGAGAGAAGGAUUUCCAAGAGGUCAAAAAGGAGGAGCGCAAACAAGAGAAAAGCAAAACGUGGUAUAAAAUCGCAGACAUUUUUACAGAUGAGAGUGACGAUGACGAGGACAGUUACAACGGAGGAGGAGCUCUGGACAGGAAAGACUCGACGCCCGAUCACGAUGAGAUGGAUCACUUCACCUCGGACAAAAUCAGAAAAUCUACAGACAUCAAACAUAAUACAGAAAAAGCAAAGGAUCACAAGGAUAAAAAGAAGGAGAAAAGUACCUUUGACACCGGUAAAGAAAGAAAAGGCUCAUUGGAGAAACAUAAUAAAGACAAAAAGGAUACUGUUGACGUUAAACACAAAGACAGGAAAGAUCGUAUGUCAGUCGACUCCAACCAGGACAAGAAAAACAAGCAGAAAUUAUUGGACAAAAGGGACACGAGUGAAGAGAAGACAAAAAGUAAAUAUAAGGACAAGCUCGAUCAUUUAAAGGAGAGGAAAGCUUCAAAAGGCAGCGGCGAAAAUGAAAAGUCCUUAUUAGAAAAACUAGAGGAGGAAGCUAUGAAUGACUACAAGGAUGACUCCAAUGAUAAAAACAGUGAGAUUUCCUCUGAUAGUUUUACAGACCGCGGUCACGAGCCGAUCCUGACGAGCUAUUACGACUCUCUAGGCCUGAACGAUGUUUCCGACGAGCGCAGAGAUUCCCUGUCCAUAACCACGCCGCAGGACAAAUUUAGGGAAAAGGAGAGACACAGACACUCUUCGUCUUCCUCCUCUAAGAAAAGCCACGACAAGGACAAAGAAAAGGUGAAAAAGGACAAAGGAGACAAGCGGGAUAAAACCGAGGAGAUCAGAGAGUCGUACAGCCGCAGAGAGAGUUUGCCUUUUGAGAAGGAGCCGAUGCCGCUCGAGGCUGAUCCGUAUACGUUUCCGUACGGAGGGAAAGGAGACGGGGAGGAUGAUUUCGAUAAAACGCUCGAGUUUGAAAAAGAGAUGUCCAAAAAAGAUAAAGAAAAAUCUUCAGUCAUCAACGACCGCAUAAAAGACAAGAAGAAGAAAGAAAAGCACAAGGAGAAAAUGAAGGAGGAGAAAAAUAAAUACAUUGAUGGGUUUGGGUCAUUUAAACACUCCAAGGAGGACAUCAAGGCAGGGUUAAAAGAUAGUCCUCAACUGACAGUCCUGAAGGAGCGGUCAAAGGAGGAUAGUCCCAAAUAUGACAUGAAAAAGGACAGAAAUAGAGAGAGCUUGGACAAAGACAAUCGACUGGACCACAGUAAGUCCAAGUUUAAAGAGGAGAAUGAAAAGCUGGCUCCCUCCAAAGACACAGCCGCACGUAAAGACAACAGGCCACGGGAAAAACUGCUGGUCGAUGGCGAUCUUCAAAUGACGAGUUUUGGGCAAAUGUUAAGUCUCAAAGAUCAGGAGAUCGAAGAGCGACACAAGAGGCAUAAAGAGAGGAUGAAGCAGAUGGAGAGGCUCAGGCCCAAAACAGGAGACCCCAAACUCAAGGACAAAACAAAGUCCACAGAGGAGGUCAGGAAGAGCCGCACCGAGCUGGCCAAGAAGUCCAAUAGCCUGGAGUCUGGCCUGAAGGAGAAGAAGCUGAAAGAUGUCGGUGGUAUCCCGGCUCAAAUGAUGUCCCCGGGCAGAAAGUUCCAGCCAGACACUCAGAAUUCAAAAGACUGGCUCACGGGACAUCAGAUGAAAGAGAACCUCCCAGCCUCUCCCCGGCCCGACCAGAACCGUCCCACUGGGGUCCCGACUCCCACCUCUGUCAUCUCCUGCCCCAGCUAUGAGGAGGUCAUGCAGACUCCUCGCACGCCCUCGUGUAGUGCAGAAGACUACCCUGACAUCAUGUUGGAUGGGCUGGAAUGCCACAGCUCAUCGGCCAUGACCAUGUCUAUGAACGCCUGCUCUCCAACCUUCUUCGAAAGCAGGUAUUCAAACUCUCAGAGCUUCCCAGAAGGCACCUGUCCGACUCCUGCUAAGAACCUGCAGCUGCCCCUGGUGAGCCGCUCUCAGGCGUCUGACGUGCGGAGGCCUUUGGAGGAUGAGUUCAAAGCUGAGGCAGACAAGCUCCGGCAGAGUGAUGCAGGAGGAGACUAUGACCCCACCUCUCAGUCUCUGGAGGACAAGACGGGCUCUCUGGAUAGACUGGAGUGCGUGUCCCCUCCCUACUUCUCCCCCAUGAGGCUGCUGUCGCCCCGCCGGGAGCCGGUCCACUCCAUGUCUGAUGUGGCGGCGCCUGGCCUGGCUGGAGCGGAGGGCCUCGACCAUAUGGCUGACAGUGUAUUCAGCAGCUUUCUUCCCAAACCCUCGACCCCGGUGCACCGGCCGGACCCCCAGGAGCCCUGCUUUGACAUCGCUGCCCCUCCCACUCCUGCCCCCGCCGCUUUGCCUCCUUUGGACAUAGACGACAUUUCUGAGCCGCACCACAGUGAGCCCAACAUGGUGCUGUCAGACCUCCCACCUGCCACUGACCCCGUGCAUGUGGAGGAGGAAGAGGAGGAGGAAGAUGAACGAGCAGACCCGGACCACUGUGCCCUGGAGGAAGCCGAGCCGCCUGGAGAUCCCUGCUCCUACUCUCCUCACAUAGAGGACCCACUAAGGAAGGGCUGGUCCGCAGAGUCACCUAUCCACCACGAGCCGGAGGUACAGCCCAUCUCCCCCGCUCAGCCCACAGACGACCACGACGAGAACUGCUACGAUCAUAACAUGGGCUGGAACCCCGACCUAAAAUCUCCUCAUAUGAAUUAUGGAGAGAUCGCAGCAGCAGUUUCUAAAAUAACCAGCCCAUACUCCCACUCUCAUUCAGAUAGUGAGAUGCAGCACAUACCUGGUCACCCUGCUGUUAGUUCUCCCUACGCAUGGAACAGGUGGCAUAAAGAAGACCAGGACUAUGAUGAGCAGAAGGAGGCUGUGGCGGAGAUCCCAUCACCAGAAAGACCCGACUCUGGGAUGGACGAUGAAGUUCACUAUUUAAACACCUCGGCAUCCUCAAAUCGCCUGGAGUCCUUUUUCCAAGAAUGCAAGUCGCAUCAGAUGGACACAGUAGAGCCAACGUGUGUGGAGCCUGAAAGCAGACAGCCCACUCACAUUUACGCUGCUACAGAGGAGCACAUGCACCCCGCUCCUGCCGUGGCCCCGGAGCCUGUCGUCCCGUGGGCCGACCCCUUCUCUGCUGAUGCUGACGAACUUGACGACCUGGGACCCUUCUCUCUGCCAGUCCUCCCCCUCCCAGACAAAGCAGAGGAGGCUGAAGCUCGCGAGGCCGAACUGUCUGAACACAAGUCUGUUCCAGCUCAGAUCAGACACAUAGUUACAGACAGAGAGGGCCCAGAUGUGAUGGAGGUGGAUCCCCUGGGCCUCUCUACUUCAUGUCCGCCCGCGGAGCUCAGUUUACGGGAACCUACAGCACAGGACUUGGUUGUCCCAUCACCACAUGCCACUUUCCAGCCUGAGCUGGAGCCAGAGCCUCAGAGUGUACCGUACGGUCCUCCUGAGGACUCGGACACUAGCCUGUUGUACACCUCUGUAAAACCAGACUCUGUUCCACAACCUCAUGUUCAGAUCCACCCUCUGGACUCUCUGCACAUGCCAGAUUCACUUUCUGUUCUGAAGCCGGACACUCAUGUGGAGGAGAAGCAUGAGCCUGUAGUUGAACCACUCACUACCUGCACUCCUCUACCACCCCCUGUGCCAGUGACCCUCCCCAGCCCAGUGGACCUCCCUCUCACUCAGGACACCACACCUAAGCUGCCAGCUGUAAGUCUCACCCCACAGUCCACACCUGUAGAUAUCCCCAAAAAGGACGAAAUCCCUCAGAGGAUGACCCGCAACCGCGCCAAGAACAAUCCCGCUGCUGUGGCCCCUCCUACCUCCAGCAUACUGACCUCAUCAGCCUCUCUCACCUCCAUAACUCCCAAUCCUGUCGUGAGCAUCAACCACUUACCCACCAGGACCCCGACACCCACCUCAGCGUCUUCCUUCUCUCUAAAGAAAGACAAAGACUCAGUGCUUAGCAUCGCCUCCACUGCUCCGACUCUAACGACCUCUCCGACCGUGGUGCUCAGUAAAACCACAAAAGGUCGCCCCAUCCCAGUGGAGGAUGACGACACUCAAACGCAGCACCCCCGAAAGAGGAAGUUUGCCAGAACAGCGACACAGCAGGUGCAAGUCCAACUUGUGAAUACAGCCAUGAAACAAACCAGGGAGAUGAUCCAGCAGACACUGGCUGUUGUGGUCAAUGCCAUUAAAUUGGAUGACAUUGAGCCCUACCACAGUGACCGUUCCAAUCCUUACUUUGAGUACCUCCAAAUCAGGAAGAAGAUUGAGGAAAAGAGGAAAAUCCUGUGCUACAUCACACCACAGGCUCCUCAGUGUUACGCUGAGUAUGUGACCUACACUGGCUCUUACCUGCUGGACGGAAAGCCCCUCAGCAAGCUCCACAUUCCUGUGAUUGCCCCUCCUCCAUCGCUGUCGGAACCUUUGAAAGAACUUUUUCGACAACAGGAGGCUGUGAGAGGAAAGCUCAGGUUGCAGCACAGCAUAGAGCGGGAAAAGCUGAUUGUGUCAUGUGAGCAAGAGGUGCUGAGGGUCCACUGUAGAGCAGCCAGAACAAUAGCCAAUCAGGCUGUUCCGUUCAGCGCCUGUACGAUGCUUUUGGACUCUGAAGUCUACAACAUGCCUUCAGAGAGUCAGGGGGAUGAAAACAAAUCUGUGAGGGAUCGGUUUAAUGCUCGGCAGUUUAUUUCAUGGAUCCAGGAUGUGGAUGAUAAAUACGAUCGCAUGAAGACAUGCUUAUUGAUGCGGCAGCAACAUGAAGCAGCAGCGCUUAACGCCGUGCAGAGGAUGGAGUGGCAGCUGAAGGUGCAGGAGCUGGACCCUGCGGUGCACAAGUCUCUGUGCGUCAACGAGGUGCCGUCCUUCUACGUGCCAAUGGUCGACGUCAACGACGACUUUGUCCUGCUCCCUGCAUGACGGCGCGCAGCACUCAGACUCCCAAACUGAAUCUGAAUCAUGUUCUCAAAGAGACUUUGUUACGAAGAACGAAUGGAAAGGGCUAGCAAGUUUAAGAAGGACUUCAGACAGGAAAAGACUAUUAUAUUGAAAGGAAAUUAUAAACUUGCCCUUGAUUCCCUUCCGUGAAGAAGGAACUGCGUUUUUACUGGGGAAUGAGACGGAACACAACUUGCACUUUCAUCCUCAAAGUUUUUAUGCUUUUCUUUGAUCAGAGUUCAAGAAGCAAAAACGGCGUUGGCUUUGACUCUGACACCGGGUCACGUCUCCCGACGCUCCAGGAGACACAGGACAGAAAUGUUUUUCUGCUUUUGUUUCUGGUCCUGAAUUCAGCAGACCCGACCGAAGGCACCAGAGAGGAGCUGUUCCACAGUAGGACGGAGAACAGGGCUCCCUGAGGACCAGGAGAAGCAGAGGCCAUCCAGUGGACGCGGCAGUGGUCAGAUCUGUGCUACUGCUCCGAAGCAGAUGGCCACACCUGCCCCGGGGCACUUUGAGCGACACAAGGGCCCAGAGAGCAGAGGGACAGACUGAGGCAGACUCUGCGCCAGGCUCACGGGACAAGACUGGACCUGAGGACAGACCGGAGUGUCCUCACCUCCACACUUUGUCCUAAAAACACGAGAGCGCCAUAGACUGCAAAAACACCACAGGACAACCAGAAAAUACAACCAUAACGAAUGUUACAAUUCAAAGACUAUUGAGAGUUUGUGGUUGGGAGAAGAGAAAUAUUGUUUUUGUCUAUUUCUUUACUUGGGCAUUUCAUUGUUUCUGAGGAAGUGACUUGAAACACUACAGAGCCAAUAUUAGUUUAAUGGAAAAAAAACAAAAGAAAACUGAAAAAAAGUUGUAUUCCGUAAAUUAUGUACAGUUUUUAUAUUCGUUAACCAAUGUAUUCUUGCUGCCUUCUAGAUAAUUUAUUUUGCCACACAUUACUGCACAGUUGUAAAUAACCUAUGUACUGUAAUAUCACUCAGUUAAGUGUAAAGAAAAACCGUAAAAGAAAUAAAAAUUAUCUUUUUAUGUACAAUUCACUUUGGGCAGCACUUUCCCCCUCAUAUCCAUGGGCCAAACGUGUGUGACUCCAGUGCACAGUUUAAUCCCGUCUGAUUCAGUCCAGGGAUCCCUACCACACACAGUAUUCUGAUAAAACAGGCCUAACCCAUAAGCCAACCUCCAUAUAGUCCCUCUAAUGUAGCAAAAUAGUUAUCAAGGAUUUAUUUAAAGAAUAGACAGAGGAUUAUUAUUCAUUGCUUUACUACACAACUAUAUCUGAAAUUUUUUGAGCCAAGAAAAUGCCUUUUUCAGUGAAAAAUGUACUCAUUGUUGGGCAAAGUCAUAGAUAUUUAUGGGUGAGGUGAAAGUUAUGUCAUUCUCAAACAAAGUGUCAUGUCUGUUGAUUGUUUUUAUUUUUUACAAAAUCCACAAUUGUCUCAAACUAACAAGACACGGGUCUCAUCUUCUUCUUGUUCUUUAAGCUCUCAUAAUGUCAUUCCAUGUUGAAUUUGCCCCGUUCAUUGUUGUAAUUCAACUUUUACUCACUUGAUGGCGCCAGUAGUCCUUUUUGUCUCAGCCAAAACUUGUGUGAGACCUGUGGCCUUUGUCAUGAAUGGGCAUUUUUUUAACACGUUUAAAUUGAUUCACCAUCGGCUCAAAAUGUUUAUUCUCCUUUUUAACCUUCAGAUUUGUCACUGAUUUUAAAGUUCGUUGCUUCCUCGUGUUGUUUUUCACCAUAACUUCAGUUCAGGCCCAAGAAAAUUCAUUGUAUCUUUACUCAGUACCAAAAAGGACAUUAAAAGUCAAAACUCAGCCAGUGGGUAGAGUAACGCUGAAUAUACAUCCAUUCUUCUUGUCUUUAGUUAAACGUUGAGUUGUGAUAACUAUUUUAGUGGAUAACGCUUUCGUUGACCUGUCCCCACAUCAGCUGCCAGUCUUCGUGAGAGCUGCUUGUGUGUUUUUUUUUUUUUCAGACGGCAACAUUUGGCGUUCACUUCCACACUGUCGGUGAGCAUAGCUGUGUAUGGUAUGUCUAGUCAGUGGUUGUUAAAGUUACUGUGCAGGCAAAGGUGGCUAGAUGUUCUUCAUACCUCCACACACACCCGCACCAUAGAUUUAAGCCUCUCCUUUGUCACGUUUUCAUUUCAUUUACUGUUUUUUGGGAUGAUGUCUGUUGUUUUGUGUUUAGCUAAAUGUGUGUUUUGUGUUCAUUCUUCUUAGGGGGUUCAUUUUGUUCCUGUAUAGUAGUUACGCAUACACACCAGUGGCAUGUCAAUCACUUUGCUCCUCAAGCAGAAUGUAUCCCAUUUUACUCUAUAUGCCCUGAACGACCACACCCUCAAUAUUGUUUACAAGACAUUACAUGUAUUUUUGCAUCAUUUGGAACGGUUUAUUUAUGCCCUGCCUUUGAUUUUACUUCAUUUGAGUCCACAAAGGCUUGAAAUGGUGAUGAUGGCUGCUCCAAUGUUUUGUUUUUUUGUUUUUUCCCCCUAAUAGCAAUAUCCUGAUCAUAUUUACAUUCACUAAACUAUAUAUUUUGGCCAUAAGAUUCAAUAAUCGAUAGACUGAUGCACAGUUGAGCAGCACUAGGCCAUGGUGAAACAGUCAGCAACAUAUUACCUCUACGCUCUUACAUUCACUAGCUUAGAUUUGUGUUUAAAUGACAUUUUUUUUCAUAGUAGAAUCACAAUUUCAAGCCUUUUUUUUCUAGUUUUCUUUGAUUUUUCUAAUUAAACCCAAACUGUAGCUGUUUCGUUUCUUUCCUUAUAUUUUUUUAGAAGAUAAAGCAUGGCAAACUACUCUUUAAAAUGAUGAGAAAUAGCCUAUUUAUUAUUUUCUGUUUUUUUUCUGACACCUGUGGUAUGUUUUUGAACUGAAGUUGGUCUCCGCUGUGUAAAUUUUCCUUCUUGUUAAUGCGUGAACGAGACAUACUGUACAUAGCUCUGUAAAUAAUAAAAUCUCCCAGGACGUUUUUUGCACCCUCCUUUGUACUAGUCUGAAAAAUUGCGUAGAAUGUGGGGUUAAUAACAGCUGAGUACGGGCUGAUAAUGAUGUACCAAUGUAACAUUUUUAUUUGUACAAUGUAGUAUUUGUGUACAUAUUGUCGGAGCAGCUAAAGGGGUCGGGGUUUUGGGGGGUGGUCGUUGAUGCUAUCGUCAGUGCUGUAACAGAUCCAGUACUUACACCUCUAGCUGUUGUUGAUUUCCUGCAAAACAUGACAUGAAAAUCUAUGAAAAAAACCAUAAAAAUCCACAGGAGAAACGCGAGAACUGAAAAUGAGGAUGGAUGGGGAAAAAACUCAAACUGAAAAGUCAAAAUCUAAAUUGUUAUUUUCUACAGUUGCAUGUACAGAGAGCGCGAGAACUGCUGUUGUUCCUCAGAGAUUAUGUUCGUUAAUAAAAUUUUGAAAUAUUA